AUGAAGCAGUACCUCACUGUAAUUGUGCCUCUCCAUAAUUCAUAUGGAUUCAUACCUGACAAUUCAACUUGGCAAGAGUGCCUCAUUGUUCUUUUGAACUUUUGGAUGGGAUUGACAGAUGAUAUGAAGGAAUUUUCAUUGGAGGAAAAUUCAGGAGAGACUAAUAGCUUCAACCCGCAAUGUUUAACGAGUUGUCUAAAAGUAUUUAUGAAAUUGGUGAUGGAGGAUAUCAUCUCCCCUAGUCAGGGCUGGGGCAGCAUAUAUAGCUACGUCAACUGUGGCUUAAAUGGUGAUUGCUCUGUAGAAAUUUAUAAUUUCUCCAAAGCUAUGGUUUUUUCUGGUUGUGGGUUUGGUGCCAUCUCAGAGGUAUUUUCUGUUGCUUCAUUGGAAACUGGUUCAUCUUCUGAUUGUGGCUCAGGUUCCCAGGAUCUUGCUCAUUUCUAUUUAGAUAUUCUUGAAGCUGUUCUGCAAGAAUUGGUCAAUGGAUCCCAUGAGAGCCAGAACCUGUAUCACAUAUUGUCAUCUUUAAGCAAGCUAGAAGGUGACUUGAAAGUCUUGCAAUGUGUUAGACAUGUAAUUUGGGGGGAAAUGGUCCAGUUCUCUGACAAUUUACAGUUGCCAAGUUCCAUUAGAGUUUAUGUGCUAGAGCUUAUGCAAUUUAUCUCAGGAAAGAAUAUUAAGGGUUUCUCUACAGAAAUACUAGCCAAUGUCCAACCAUGGGAAGAAUGGGAUGAACUGCUUUAUGCUAGUAGAAAGAGUGAGGCUGGUGUUGACAAGCAGUCACCAGAUCACAAAGAAACCUCUAGUAGGUUUACAAAUACUUUGGUUGCCCUUAAAUCAUCUCAACUUGUGACAUCAAUCUCUCCUAGCAUAGAAAUUACCCCUGAUGAUUUACUGAAUGUAGACACGGCUGUUUCUUGCUUUUUGAGGUUGUGUGGAGAAGCUAUUGAGAAUCUCCACUUUGAUGCAUUGGUUUCUAUUUUGGAAGAGUGGGAGGGACUUUUCACCAUGGGGAAAGACGGAGAAAUCACCACUGAAGCAUCUGAUGGAGGAAAUGACUGGAACAAUGAUGAUUGGGACGAAGGGUGGGAAAGUCUGGAGGAAGUAGACAAGCCUGAGAAAGAAAAGAUUGAUGACUCUGUUUCUGUUCACCCUUUACAUGUAUGUUGGGCAGAGAUUUUAAAAAAAUUCAUAGGCCUGUCGAGGUCUAGUGAUGUACUGAGAAUGAUUGAUCUAUCAUCAUCAAAAACUAAUGGUAUGUUACUUGAUGAAGAUGAUGCCAGGAGCUUAAAUGAGAUAGCAUUAAGCACAGAUUGCUUUCUGGCUUUGAAGAUGGCACUCAUGCUACCCUACAAAACAUUACAGUUUCAGUGCCUGAGUGCAGUUGAGGAUAGUAUAAAACAGGGUAUCCCUCAUACGAGGAGCAAUGAUUGUGAGUUAUUAAUUCUGAUUUUAUCUUCUGGGAUUCUCACUUCUGUUGCGACUGGUUCUACAUAUGGUACUACUUUCUCUUAUCUCUGCUAUAUGGUUGGAAACUUAUCCAAUCAAGUUCAACAAGCUCUGAUAUCAAGUAGAGGGUUUACCAAUAAUGAAGAUCAUGAGAAUCAGUUUUUCCGAAGAAUCCUUUUCCCUUAUUUCAUUUCAGAACUUGUGAAGGCUGAUCAACAUGUUCUAGCUGGAUUUAUUGUCACAAAAUUUAUGCACACUAGCGAGUCGCUCAGUCUCAUUAACAUUGCUAAUGUUAGUCUUAAUAGGUAUCUGGAAAGGCAGCUCCACAUGCUGCAGACAAAUGAGCUCCAUGUUGAGAUGGAAUGUAAAACAUUGAGAAAUACUGUUAGCAGAUUGAGAGGCAGACUGAGUAAUUUGAUUCAGUCCACAUUGCCAUUGCUUUCGGCCAAUGUAAGUUAA